AUGUAUCAGAGCCAGAAGACUGCAGCGGCAAUGAGAUGGCAUGCUGAAAACCAUGCAAAGGAGGGCGAAAUGUGUCAUCCCUGUGAUGCUGCAGAGUGGAAAUAUUUUCAAAAUCUACAUCCCCAAUUUGCUGAAGAACCCCGUAACGUGUAUCUUGGGUUAUGUACAGAUGGAUUCAAUCCAUUUGGCAUGUCUCGUAAUCAUUCAUUAUGGCCUGUGAUCUUGACUCCUUAUAAUUUACCCCCUGGUAUGUGCAUGAAGACUGAGUACUUGUUCCUCACAAUACUGAAUUCUGGGCCAAAUCAUCCGCGUGCUAGUCUCAAUAUCUUCCUCCGACCUCUUAUCGAGGAGUUAAAAGAAUUAUGGUCAACUGGAAUCGAUGCAUACGAUGUAUCUUUGCAGCAGAAUUUCAAACUAAAGGCUGUGCUGAUGUGGACGAUAAGCGACUUUCCGGCGUAUGGCAUGUUGUCAGGAUGGACGACCCAUGGUAGAUUGGCUUGUCCAAUUUGUAUGGACGAUACAAAGGCAUUUUAUCUGCCUAAUGGAAGGAAGACGUGUUGGUUUGAUUGUUAUAGGAGGUUUCUCCCUCAUGGUCAUCCAUUACGAAAGAAUAUAAAAGACUUUUUGAAGGGUAGACACGCUAUAAAUGAGUCACCACCACAGUCUUUGACAGGUGAACAAGUUUAUAGUGAGCGAAUAGAAACUGUCAAUCCUGCAAAAACGUCUGAUUGCGGUGGAAACGGUCAUGAAAAAAAGAUGCCCGGAUAUGGGAAGUGGCAUAACUGGCACAAAGAAAGUAUAUUUUGGGAGUUGCCUUAUUGGAGGGACCUCAAUCUCCGACAUAAUCUUGAUGUGAUGCAUAUAGAGAAGAAUUUCUUUGAUAACAUCAUGAAUACUCUAAUGAGUGUUGCGGGUAAAUCAAAAGACAAUAUCAAGUCAAGGUUGGAUAUAGAACGAUUUUGUGAUCGGGCACACUUACAUCUUGCUGAAAAUGGUCAAGCUCCUUUUCCAGUAUACACAUUGGAAGAAGCUGAUAGAAGAAGAUUAUUGGAAUGUGUGAAAGGGGUACAAUUUCCUGACGGUUAUGCGUCAGACUUAGCUGCUUGUGUUGAUAUAGAAAGAGGAAAGCUUUCCGGCAUGAAGAGUCAUGACUGCCAUGUUUUUAUGGAACGGCUACUUCCAUUUAUCUUUUCAGAACUCUUGGACCGUAAUGUCCACCUAGCAUUAUCAGGUAUUGGAGGAUUCAUUCGUGACUUAUGUUCAAGAACUUUGCAAAAAAACAGGGUCCAAAUCUUAAAACAAAACAUAGUCCUAAUCUUAUGCAAUUUGGAGAAGAUUUUUCCACCAUCAUUUUUCGACGUAAUGGAGCACUUGCCUAUACAUCUUCCUUAUGAAGCUGAAUUAGGAGGCCCCGUGCAGUUAACAAGAUUUGACGAAGGUGAAGUCCCUAUAUAUGAUGUCCCCGGAGUUCCUGAUAUAUUUACUCACGUAGGUCGGCCAAGUGGGCAAAUGCAUGAAAUAUGGCUUUCAGAAAAAGAUCACAAAAUUGCACAUGCAUAUGUUUUACGAAAUUGCGAUUACUUUCAACCCUUUGAGAGUAUCAUUACUUACAACCCUUUAUACAAGAUGUUUGAGGAUUAUAUUUGCACAAAAUAUCCACAACUCUCUGAUAAAGAAGUCGCUAAAGAAAGAGCUGACGAAUAUCCUUCAUGGGUGAAGAAUUAUGUUACUUACUGGAAUGCCACAAAUCCUUUUCCUAUUUGGCUUCAGGAUAUAGUUCACGGACCAGUCAAUAAAGCCAAAACCUGGCCUAUUUACUUUACGAGAGGAUAUUUGUUUCAUACACAGAACCAUGGCAGAGGACGGAAGACAUGUAACUUUGGAGUGUGUGUUAAAGGAGAAAACUACACCGAUGCAUCUGAUGAAGCUGAUUUUUACGGGAUCUUAACUGAUAUCAUACAACUAGAGUAUGAGGGGAUGGCAAAUUUGAAAAUCACACUUUUCAAGUGUGAGUGGUAUGACCCUUUAAUUGGUAGAGGCACUCGAAGGAGCAAUGGUGGUGUCGUUGACGUUCUUUCAUCAAGAAAGUACAACAAAUAUGAACCAUUUAUUCUAGCCUCCCAAGCAGAUCAAAUAUGUUAUAUUCCAUAUCCAACCCGAAAAAAACCAAAGCAGAUGUGGCUAAACGUCUUACAAGUGAAUCCAAGAGGGAAUAUAUCAGGAAAUUAUGAAGAUAAAGAACCAACUCUCUUGCAACAAGAGAGUGAUGAUGCUGUUAUGCUGACCACAAUUGAAGAUAUCAUUGUUGAAAAUCGAGUACACAGAGUAAACCCGCUAAAUCUCGAUUUUGAUGUCGGAGAUGCAGAACCAGAAGAUGAAUUUAUGUGUAAUUUAUCAUCAUCUGAUGAUGAAGAUGAAGACGAAGAGAAUCCUUAUUAA